GUUAAAACUGUUAAACGGAGUCAACCGCGCGGUCACGCAUUCAACUCCGGAUGUGGAAAAAAAGAAACCUUACUUUUUGGGACGAGGAUAGUACUUCAUUCGUUGAUAUAUCAUCGACUGGGUUGCAACUAGCCUCAGAUAACCCUCUUCCUGUAAACGGCUUAGAAGUAUACAGGGAAUUAUUCGGGUCGAAAGUGAACAAAGCAUCUAGCCAGGAUAAAUUGUCUCCUGUAAUUCUCAAGGGAUGUGAAGAUUACCUGGCACAGCCCCUCGCCACUUGUACAUACUGUGCUGCAAGCAGCGCAAGAUGGCUGACAGUCGGUAAAACAAAUGCAUCACACCAGCGCCAAAGAACGGAACUUGCAAUUAUCAGGCGCUUGCUUGCACGUCGAUUGUUCUGAAGAUUUUGAGAGCCUAAUUUUUUAAGCAUCACAGCCCAGACCCAUUUGGACGAUCAGUUUGCAUAUCGAAGCUCAAGGUCCACCUUAGAUGCGGUACCAUGCCUGGUACAUACUAUACUCUCGUUACUGGAUAAUAAAAAGUCCAUCCGCAUCUGCUUUCUGGAGUUUAGCAACGCUUUCGGUUGUGUGAACCGUGAACCCUUGUUGUGCGAUCUAC